UGUAGUAACUGACGGCUAUUUUCUUUAGCUGCUAAUUUUGAAAGACAGUUUAGACAAAAUGCAGCAUUUUUGACACUCACCUUUCCCCCCUACGAACUGUGAAGGAUAAACAAAUUGGAUAAGGAGGGAUAAUAUUUGUUGAACAUCGUAGGUGUGUCCUGGAAGGAUGGAGACUCUAAUCCCCACCAUUAACCGGCUGCAGGAGGUCUUUCUCACAGUGGGUGCAGAGAUCAUACAGCUGCCUCAGAUUGUCGUUGUUGGAUCUCAGAGCAGUGGAAAGAGCUCUGUGUUGGAGAGCCUGGUUGGACGGGAUUUCUUGCCUCGUGGCUCAGGAAUAGUCACAAGAAGACCUCUCGUGUUGCAGCUUAUUAAUGUUGCCCCUCUGCAGGACAGACUGAAGAUCGAGAGUGGUGUCAAAGCUGAAGAGUGGGGUACAUUCCUGCACUGCAAGAACCAGAUCUUCACAGAUUUUCAGGAAAUUCGUCGGGAAAUUGAAGCAGAGACUGAACGCAGUUCUGGGGAUAACAAGGGAAUCGGUGCAGAGCCCAUAUAUUUGAAGAUUUUCUCCCCCAAAGUCCUUAAUCUCACCCUGGUUGAUUUACCUGGAAUUACUAAGGUUCCUGUUGGGGACCAGCCAGAGGACAUUGAGGCUCAAGUACAAGAGAUGAUCUUGUCCUUCAUCUCCAAUCCAAACUCCCUCAUCCUCGCAGUGUCCCCUGCCAACUCUGACUUGGCCACCUCUGAUGCACUGAAAUUGGCUCGUGAGGUUGAUCCAGAUGGUCGUCGAACUCUUCUGGUGGUCAGCAAGCUGGACCUGAUGGAUGCCGGGACUGAUGCUCUGGAGGUCCUUCUGGGUCGAGUCAUUCCAGUCAGACUUGGGAUUAUUGGAGUGGUGAACAGGAGCCAGCAUGACAUCAAUACCCAAAAGAGCCUGGAGGACUCAAUGAGGGAUGAGCAGGCUUUCCUCCAGCGCCACUACCCGUCGCUCGCCUCACGUGCCGGCUCACGCUAUCUGGCUAAAACUCUCAGCAGGCUGCUCAUGCACCACAUCCGGGACUGCCUGCCAGACCUCAAAACCCGAGUGACCGUGCUGAGUUCCCAGUACCAGACACGGCUCAACAGCUAUGGCCAGCCAGUAGAAGACCACAGUGCCACCCUGCUGCAGAUUGUCACCAAGUUUGCCAGCGAUUACUGCAACACCAUCGAGGGAACAGCCAGAUACAUCCAGACCUCAGAGCUAUGCGGGGGCGCUCGGAUCUGUUACAUAUUCCAUGAGACCUUCGGCCGCACUUUGCAGUCCAUCGACCCCCUGGGAGGACUGACCGAGCUUGAUAUCCUCACUGCCAUCCGCAAUGCUACGGGUCCGCGGCCGGCGCUUUUUGUGCCCGAGGUCUCCUUUGAGUUGUUGGUGAAGCGGCAAAUUAAGAGGCUGGAGGAGCCCAGUCUGCGCUGUGUAGAGCUUGUUCAUGAAGAGCUGCAGAGGAUCAUCCAGCACUGCUCCUCCUUUAGCACACAGGAGCUUCUGCGAUUCCCCAAACUGCACGAUUCCAUCGUGGAAGUGGUGACUGGAUUACUGAGAAAGCGCUUGCCGAUUACUAAUGAAAUGGUACACAAUUUAGUAGCAAUAGAGCUCGCCUACAUCAACACCAAACAUCCAGACUUUACAGAUGCUGCGCAGGUCUCAGCAUCUGUCAACAGUCAGCAGGCAGAGGCCCUUGAUGGAGGGAAGCGCUGGAAGAACGAGAAGGUUGCAGAAGAGAAAUCCCCGGCUGCAAACUUUGGCAGCCCCAGCAAAGGCCAGGCCAUUAACCUCCUCGACACAGCGGUGCCCAUUUCCCGCAAGCUGAGUUCGAGGGAGCAGAGGGACUGUGAGGUCAUUCAGCGCCUCAUCAAGUGCUACUUCCUCAUUGUCAGAAAAAGCAUCCAGGACAGUGUGCCCAAGACAGUGAUGCACUUCCUGGUGAACUUUGUGAAAGAGCAUCUGCAGAGUGAGCUGGUGGGUCAGCUUUACAAACAGCCUCUGCUGCAGGAGCUGCUCAUUGAGUCGCAGGACACGGCACAGCAGCGGACAGAAGUUGCUCAGAUGCUUGAGGCACUCAAAAAAGCUAAUAACAUCAUCUCUGAGAUCCGGGAGACUCAUCUGUGGUAGCCAGAGGAAACGAACAAUUCCCUUGUCAUAGGACAGCUUUGAGAGUGUGAGAGUGUGAGUUUACAGCACAGAGACAGACUGUGUGUGUUUGUGUAUGUGUGGCAGCACCACUGUUUUCUCAUGGACCAAUGACCAUAGCACAUUUAGAUCUACUCUUUCCCGUCAGAUGUCACCCUGACCAAUGCACCAGGGCUGUUGCUUUUCACUGUGAACGUUGUGUAGUGACGGAAAUUAGUUAAAACACUCAGGCCGAAAGUGUUAUUGCAAAGUGGCAAUAAGCAAGACAGAGCCGUGAACAAAAUCUUUUUGUGACAAAAUGUUUGUUGGGUCAUUAAAUUGUUGCUGUAAAUGUAAAAUGUAAGUUAUAUGUGAGGUAUUUAAGUUGUUCUCCAGGGCGUUUUUUUUUUUAUCAAAAUGUGUUCACACUGUACAAUUUACAAAUACUGGGCUUCCUCUGAGCCCCUUUAGCAGGUGCUAAAAUUAUGUGAGAUUAGAUGUGUUCCAACUGUAAUCCCCUUUGUUGGGGCACUCACUAGACAUUGAAAUGAAGUCAAAAUCCAGCUCAAUCAAUUCCGACUGCAGUGCAACACUAAAGACAGACCACAGUCAUUUGCAGAAAUUACAGGAUGAAUGCACAUUGUUUUUCCAGCUCAGUCGUGCAAAUCAAUAUCAGGUUUAUUUUGCAGUCGCACAUUCAAAUAUCAGCACAUUUUAAGGUUUCCACAUAGAGUUGGACAGCUAUAGUAUGUAGUGUCUGUAUACUAUAGUAUUGAGAAAACAGAAAUAAAUUAAACCUAUAGGAAUAGGCAGGAGAAUCUGUAAUAAGGUUGGGGUACUGCAUCAUUUGUUAGACUUUAGAUCCAGAUGGUAUGAGUGUAAUGUUCUGUAUCUUCUCUUCAUUUCCUGGAACCAAUUGUUCACUCUUUUCCACUGUUAAUGGUACAGAGAGAUAAGAUAGAUAGAUCCCCGUCAUUGUCCUUGUCCAUUAGUGAGGAUACUGCCCCAAGUUUAAGACACUUUGUGUGCAGAUACUUCCUUCAUGCAGGCUGUUCCCAACUGUGAACAUAGGUACAUCUGAAGUUAGCCAGGGAUAUUUGCUGCUGUGCCAAUAAUCAUUUAAUUGUGUAAUAUUGCAUGCUGUGAAAAAUUAUUCAUCUUUUUUCACCUGACUUCUUCUUGCUCAGGCAGAUUCCUCAGAAAUUUCCCCAUAGCCAAAACAAAUAGCAUAUCCUAAAAAUUAGGCUUUUUAAGGGAGAUCUGCCUUUAACGGGACCAUCACACAUUAACUCUUCUGACUUUAGGGAGCAAACACAACCUCCUGCCAGUCUGUGUCCGAAAACCCAGUCUGCGUUUGCAUGUGUGUGCUCAGUAUGCAUGUGUGUAUGUAUGAAUGGCUGAUUUAUGUAUAUUUUGUAUUAUUUAAAUGUAUAUUAUUAUUAAUAUGUGUCAACUGCCUCUGAGUUCUUGCCUGCCAAUAUUUGUGAUACAUGUUUACUGAAUGAAGUCUGCUGAGAUCGGAGGGACUCAUUAAACCCGAGCAAAGGACACUGUGUGGGUGUUAUUGACGACAUGCAGUUAUGACCAUUGAUCAGUUUUCAUAAAUGUGGUCGUCUGCCACAGUGCCGCAGCGAUUGAUGUGAUUAGACUCACACUGCUUCACUUUAUUGAUCUGAAGUGACUGAAAAAGUGUGUUUGGUCAGAUGGGUCUGUCACAGCCGCAUCAACAGGAUGGAGACAAAGUGUCCUGAAGGGUGGCUACACACACACACACACACACACACACACACACUCACAAGUGAGCAGCAGACUCCAAACCUGUUUUCCUCUGGUUUGACUCCACACUGCACCAGCUGCUGUGCAAAGAGCCACAGAGGGUGAAACUUCUCUUCAGAGUUAUCCGCUCCCAUUUGGAUGAUGGAUUAUUACCUUUUCUUGUGAAGGCAAUCCAAGUUAAACCUGCGCUGAGGUGGAGAAGCGAGCUGAUGGAUGGGCUGGAUGUGGCAGAAAGAGAGG